UCUCAGGACAAGUUGGGCUUUCCGGACUACCAGGCUUGUAUGGUCAACCUGGCUCCAAUGGACCUUCUGGACCCGCAGGUCCCCCAGAACCCCCUGGACCUCCAGGACCUCCCGACCCCUCAGGUAUUCCAGGCAUUAAUGGACAUCCAGGUCUCCCCGGAUUGGACCGCAUACCAGGACUACCAGGACCAAUAGGAUCAGUGGGCCCAGCGGAACCUCAAGGCAUUGCAGGGCCUGAAGGACCAAGUGGACAAGAAGGACCUACUGGGCCAGCUGGACAAGCAGGACCACAAGGACCUCAGGGACUGAGAGGACCCAGAGGACUACCAGGUGUCCAGGGACCAAUUAGCUCAUACGGAUCCGUGAUUCAAUCAUCUCGAACCGUUGCUGUAGCAGGGUUAUCGGCAAGUAGCUCAUCUCAACUAGCUGGCGGUGUAACAUCUACAGCUGCCAGAUCUAGACCAAUCGCUGGAUCUAAUGUAGCUGGGGCAGUGUCAGGAGCAGGAGCUCUAGCUGGCUCUUCUAGUGUAUCUAGAGGAUCUUCUGAUGGUGCACAGGCUGGAGCAAUUUCUGGGUCAAGAGUAGCUGGAGGAGUGUCAGGAGCAAGUGCUGCUGCAGGUGCGGCCGCUGGCUCAGGAGCUGCUGGAGUAUCUAGAGGAUCAUCAUCAGCUGGUGCGCAGUCUGGGGCCAUUGCUGGCGCAGUAGCCGGCUCAAAGUCCAAGGGAGUGGUCAGUGGAUCAGCUGCACAAGCUGAUGCAAGAGCUAAUUCUAGAGAUGCUGCUGGGUCCAGUGUAAAAAGUGCCGCUGAAGCUGCGGCUAGAGCUAGAGCUGGUACUGUCAGUAUUGUAU